AGAAGCGCGUCACGUGACCAGACACAUCCACGCUGAGGCGUCGCUGACACAUUUGAGCUUCUCUGCAGCGAUAAAAAUAUUAAUAUUUAAUAUUAAUAUUUAAUAUUAUUUCCGAGCGGCUUCAGGUGGAUAGUAGAAGAAUAGAGCAGAAUGCGCCGCCUGGGCUCCGUUCAGCAGAAGAUAGCGUGUGUGUUUGUGACGGAGGUGAAGGAAGGACAGUCCAGAAAACGAGACUGUCAGCAAUUCCAGGUUGUUGCCACUGAAAAGGUGAACCCUGUUGCUCUGGAGGCGAACAUUGAUUGUGCCAUCGCCACAGAAAAACUAGAUGGCACCUGCUGUUAUGUGACUAAUUAUAAAGGGCAGCCUUACCUCUGGGCUCGACUCGACAGGAAACCCAACAAACAGGCAGAGAAGAGGUUUAAGAAGUAUCAGUAUUCUCACAGGAGCUGUAAAGGCUUCACGUGGAACGUAGAGGAAGAUUUUAAGACGGUGCCAGAGAUGUGGAUCCCAGCACACAGAGUCAAACACCACAAUGGCCACCCAGUGCCUGAUGAGCAUGGACACAUUCCAGGCUGGGUUCCAGUGGAGAUGGACAAUAAACAGUACUGCUGGCACUCCUCCGUGGUGGAUUAUGAAGUCGGGGCGGCUAUUGUUCUCAGGCCCAGCGCUGGCAACGAAGACGUGCUAGAAAUUGCAGCGGUCCCGCUCGUGGACCUCCAGGAACAAACACUAGAGCUCAUCGGAACCAACGUCAACGGAAACCCUUAUGGAUUGGGGAGUAAGAAGCAGCCCGUCCACUGCCUGGUGUCACACGGGAGUGUCCGGAUCAGAAACCCCCCUCCAGUGGACUUCCAGCAGCUGAGCUCCUGGUUCCAAGAGAGUCCAGAGGGCCGAGUCGAGGGCAUCGUCUGGCACUGCAACGACGGCACUCUCAUUAAGGUUCAUCGUCAUCACCUGGGACUGAGGUGGCCAGAUGGGAAAACAUCACUUGGUGACAGGGCGGUGAUCAUUCACGUGAACGGGACGGUUGACGAAUACGACAACAGCAAGGACUUGUUCACACCCUUCUCCAGAUUAAAUGGACACUGUUUCAGCCAACUGCAGGACAUCCAGUUUGACUUGUAAACACGGGCUGAGGCGAUGGAACGCUCCUGUUUGUGAAGCUUUGAGCCUGUUUUAAAGAUUAGCACUUUGGUGGAUAUUUUUCAUCAGUAAUUCAAACACACAGAGUGUGUUACAGCCUAAAGACAGGUUGAUAUUAAUAAUGACUGACCAACUGAGCUGUAAGUAACUGAAGCUGUUAAAAAUGUGAAAUGAUAUCUUGUAAAUACUGUGUUAGAGCAGAAGAAUAAAUAAGAAAGCCAGAUUCUAUAUGACAGCCGGAUCAGUAUGAAAGACUCUUUAUUGUCAAAUACACUCAAGCGCAAUGUCAGAACUGUACAAAUGUAACUCAAUAAAUAACCAACAAUGAGUUAUAUAAUCAAACCAAGAAUGUAGUAUUAACAAACAAAAAACAGCUGCCGUAUGGAAGAAUGUAAAAGGUCUCACUAAACUCAUCACCUAUCCUGAGUUUCAGCACAAAUACCAAAAUAAUACUGACUUAUUUAACAGUCCAGAAAAUAUUUGAAUGACUGUAAAGACGCUAAAGUUCUUAACUGCUAGAUUUU